AUGUUUUAAAAUAUCAUCUAAGACUCUAUUUGGUAAGAGAAGGAGCUUUCUGAAUCUGAUUUGCACUCUCCAAACACAAUGGAUUUAGAACCAUUUUCUGAUUUUGAAUCCCAAUUUCAUUGUACUAAUUUUGCCUUUAUUUUUACUACAUAGUGUCCCAUUUUACCGAAGGACCUUUACUACAAUGUUGGAGUGAUGUGUCCCCUGUUCUGCAGAAAAUUAAAGAGGAAGACACAUAUUCUAAUCAGUAGAAUUAGGAUAUAUAUAAAAGAAAGUAGAAAUUUUGGAAUGAUGAAGAAGAUUAAAGAUUAAAAUAUCUUUAUAAUUACUAUGAGGGAAAAUGGAACGAGAUUGUGAAAAAAAUGCCUUAACGAAAUGCAUCAUAAUGUCAAUAAAGGUGGAGAAGAAUCAAUCCUCCAAAAAAGGUAUAGUUUAUGAUUUAUUAAUGAAUAGGCAAAGUAGAAUUGGACUUUACAACAAGAUGAUCAAUUGAAAUAAUUAGUUCAUCAAUUUGGAAAAUAAUGGAUGAAAAUAGCUAAAUGUAAUAAUUAUUUAUUCAAUUUUUUAGUACUUGGUAAUAUAACAGGAAAAUAAGCUCGUGAUCGUUAUAUAAAUAAACUAGAUCAAUCAAUUAAUAAAUAGCCAUGGACUCAUGAAGAGGAUAUGUUAGUGUUAGAUUAUUUUGUUAAUAAUGGACCUAAAUGGACGAAAAUCUCUAAUUUACUUAUUGGGAGACCUGUAUAAAACUUUUAUAUUUUUUAUUCUAGGAAAAUAACAUCAAGAAUCGAUUCUAUAGUUUCAUUAAGAGAAACUAUCUUGGGGAAUAAAAUAGAUACCAAAUUAUUUACUUUUGAGUUGCUUCUCAUUUUCUCAUCCUAUAAAAAGGAGAGGCAAAUUUAUUUAUUGAGUUAUAAAAGCAUAGCGUUAUAAAGUAUAAAUAUUC